AUGGGUUGGUUUGGAAGUAACUCUGCAUCGAAGGUGUCUUCUGUCAGUGAAACAGUCGAAGAGCCUCAACCUAAGCCUCAACAAUUCCUAGAGGACUUACCACCAAAAUUUGAAGAUAAUGGAAAUGUUCAAAGACCGCCAGCAUACUCAGAUGCUCUCAAACAAUUUAAAUUAUCUGAUUUCUCUAUGACUCACUUUGUUAGCAUGCCAUGUUUUAGGGAAGCGAUGAUAACGGGGUUUCAAGCGAUGGGUGUGUUAGGUACAGUGACAUUCUUGAUCCAUAAGAACCCAAAUAAGUCUAUGAACUGGGCUGUAUGUGGUUUCUUUUUGGGUAACGUAGUUGGAUGGGAGCAGUGUCAUUCUAUUAGAAGAAAAUCUUUCCAAGCAAUGGAAAAAGCAAAAGAAGCAAAUCAAAAGAAGAAUGAGAAGAAAUGGGAAGAAAAGCAACAGGACGAUGAUGAAGUGAUGAAGAAGUUUAACGAUAUUCAAGACCGUAACAAAUGA